AUGGCCUUUAAAUUCGAGUUUGGCAGUCGUCGUUUCAUCCGAGAUGGGCCGCGCCCAGAGGAUAUCACCGUCUUCUUUAGCGAUGUCCUGUCAACAGACUCGUUUCUCCAGAUCAACGCCGCGGACAACAUUGUCAAGUGGUUUAGAAUGCGGAUCCAAUGCUCAAAUGACGCUUUGGACCUCCUCGUCACGCGUGCGGAUAAAGCUAGUAUCGUCUUUGGCUUUCUCGCAUGCGGGGAUACACGCCACGCGACGAUUGCGUACAACUCUGGCAUCGUCCCAGCGUGCAUCGAGCGCCUUUCGUCACCGGAUCCAGAAGCGCGAGUAAAGAGCGCGGAUCUUGGAACCUGGCGGCAGACGACGUCGAUCAUGAUUGGCACCAACGAGAUGCAGACGUACAUUACCUAUGCGACGAUGCUCCUCUGGGCGAUUAACCAUUUUCUAAAAUCGGCGCAGGACCUGCCGACGGCGCUGGUUCUCAGGAUACAAGAAUUGCUGUGUACGAUCAUCAUGUCCAACGUCGAGGAUACUAUUCUCGAAGAGUGCUGCUUUGGCCUCGCGACGAUCCUUCAGAUCAACUCCGAGGCUGGCGCGCUUUUUGGAAACGACAAGAUAUGCGGUCGACUAGUUCGACUGCUCGAGCGAGGGUCCAACGUCAAUAUCCAAAAAGCAGCGCUACAACUCGUCGGGGCGCUGACCGCCAAGUCGGAGGAACAUACGACGCGAUUACUGAAUAACAACCUCCUAUCUGCCCUCAGCGACCUCGUGGAGCACCAGUUGGGCGAGGAUGCGUGCUGGGUCAUUUCCAAUAUCAUCGCCGAGAGCGUCGAGCAUCUCAACCUCAUCGUCUACCACCCGAAAAUCCUUCCGACCGUUGUCCGAUUACUCAAAGUGGAUGCAUCUGGGUUUGAUGAAGACGAGUUUGGUGGUCGGAGUCGCGAAUCGUGCGCUAUCUUGGCCAAUAUUAUCAACAAGGGCCAAUUGAUUCUGUUUGGAGAGCACGAUCCGAUAGAGAUUGAUGGUGCGCCCGUCAAUCUAUAUCUAAAAUUGUUCGAGAGCUCCGGAGGAUUCGAGGGUCUGGCGCGGUUAGAGAAUAGGAAGGACCGGCCCGUUGCAGAAGCCGCGCAGCAGAUGCUCGCUCUGAUUGACGAGAUUAUGAACCCUCCAAUGACGGUGGAUAACGAGGCGGAGAUGACAGAAGACACGCCGGCAAAUGGACAUCCACCGAUAGCAUCGCAUGGAGGACCGGAAGACUCGAAGGGUGAAGAACCUAAUCAAGGAGGCGUUACCUAA